AUGGCCAAUCCCGACAUACCCACAUUGUCGAACCAACUCUCCUCUACAAAUAAUCCUCCGCCCAAGCACCACCACCAUAGUUGUAGUGACGGAGACGUUCUCUCUGUCGUUGGCAGACAUUUCACGAUCAAUAAAGAGAACAACCAUGCAAACACCAGCUCCUUCGACAACAACGACAAGGAGAAUUCUGUUCCGUUUGGGAGGAACUUGAAUUCGAUUUCGAAUUCAAAUUCAAAUUCUUUGUCGUCUUCUACCAACGGCUCUUUAGUUAUGCAGCAGAGGAAGAAGUCUCUGUCUACUGGGAGGGCUCUGAAGUCUUCGUCACUGCAAAUGUAUUCUGAGGCUGCCCCUGCUUCUUCUUGGUCCGCAUUGCCAAACAGGCCAUUGCCACUGGAUGUUAGGAGAUCCACUUGCCUCAUAGUGAAAGAAGCUUCGCCGGACAGCUUAGUUGGUGGCACUGUCAAUUCCCUUUAUACGAAUGAAGGGCAUCGGAAGCAGGAUUGGAAACUGGCGAUAGCCCACCAUAGGCGCCAUGGGGGAAGGUCUGAGUUUAUCAUAGCUCAGAAAUUGAAAGGACUUGUCUGUUGUUCAGAUGAGAUUUUUGUUGGGAAUGUGACUGCUAACCUCCUAGGUUCCAAGUACCACAUUUGGAAUCAGAAUCAGGUUCAGGAAAAUGGGAAGCAGAUAGUCUUGCAGCUUGGGAGGAUAGGCAAAUCCAAGUUUGUGAUGGAUUUCAUGUAA